AUGGCGUCAAGUCAUCGCGGCGCGUCUGCCGGUCCGUCCCGCGACAAGUCGUAUUUCGAGCAGCAGCGCGAAGCUCUCCUCGGCGACAUUGCCAUGAGCUUUGAGCAGGUCCUCGGCAACAUUAACAAGCUGAACCGCUCGUUGGAGUCCAUCAUUGCGGUGGGCAACGAGUUUUCGUCGGUGGAGACGCUGUGGUCGCAGUUUGAAAACGUCAUGGGAAAGGAUGAGGCGGCGGCGAGGCAGAGUGGACAAGGAGGAGGGGACGAGCAGCCGGUGCAAUCGCAACAGCAGCAAGGAUCAGGGUCGUCAGGAUCGAGAGGCGUGAAGAGAGAGGCGCAGAGCGAUGUAGAGAAUGAAUGA